AUGCCUUGUUUUAAAGGCCUUGCGGUCAGCAUUCAUACGCCCAAUGGGCCACUCGCAGAAUACUCAGUUCAGCGCCAAUCUCGUGCUUCUCGGAUUGCCUGCUACAUUCCCGUACCACCUCCCAAGUUACCAAACUCGGCUACCGGGAAGCCAGAACAGUCGACUUUCGCCAUAUCAAUUACCCUUCUUACGCCCGGGCUGACGGUUCCUUACUCCACGCCGAAAGCAACGCCGGAGAAUCCUUACCCAAAACCGAAGAUUGUAGGCGGCCUUCCAGACCAGCCCAGCACCACAUCGUCCAUAGGCCCGUAUCAGCCGAUGACGGCGUCUCCCCGAGAAACGGUUGCAGCAUAUAUCUAUUUUGAUGGCAGGCAGAAAGAGGAAGUAGCCACUUUAUUGAGGAGGGGUGAGGAGACAUGGGUCAAUUCUAGAUGGGUUGGAGUUCCACAGUCUGAGGGUGGUGGGCUCGCCGAACGGGAGUUCUUGUUUCGUGAAGUUGGGCUGGAACGGUGGUUAAACGGGUUAGAUCUCGAAGGCAAAGACGCGGCGCAGAAAAUCGAGCGAAGACGUCAAAAGAUGGAGAAACGAAGGCGAAAAAGGGAAUUACAACAACGGGGAGAAGAUGCUGCUACCGGAGCGCCUGAUGUUGAUGAAGGAAUGGAUCUAGACGAUAAGAAACCGAAACUUCUGCGAGAGAAAGGCAUUCUUCGAUAUGGAGCAAACGAGCAAUCGCCUGUUGAACAGCUAUCUGACGACGCGGAAUUAAUGCUCUCUGGCUCUGACCUAGAUGACGACGAUGACCCUAUCCCUGAAACCGCCGGUCAAAUCAAAGUAGCCUUGUUCCGGGUUUUGGCUUCUGGUGAAAUCAAGCGUGGAGAGUAUUCUCCUCAAUUUGACGCCCAUGAUGACGACGAGGAUGCACAGGGUGGCUCUAACGGUGGUCGCGAAUCAAAUGGGAAUGGCAAUACUGCAGAUGUAGACCAUACCACCAGCUUCGCAAAGCCAAAAUCGCUAGACCCCAAAUCCAUCAGUACCCAAACCGUCACUGGAAUUGAUCCCACCGACAAGCCUUAUGCUAUCUUUACAUUCAUGUAUAGGGGUGAACGUCAAUUGCAGAAGAUGGGAAUAUUAAAGGAUUCUAAAUCUCAAGAUAAGGAGUCCCUAAAGUCAGCUCGUCGAAAAUCUACACAGCCCGAUUUCGCCAACAUCAAACCGCUAAAGCCUGGUGGCGCUACUGGUUUCGUAGGGUUCAGAGACAGCGAUGCGGAGGUAAAGAUCGGGAAAAAGAAAGGCCCUAAUGGAAGUGAGCUCGACAGCGACGAGGAUGAUGACGAAGGUGUAUCCAUCUCUAUCAUCAGCAAAGCGGAAGAUGAAGAAGAGAAAGAAGUCAACUCUCUUCUAUCUCCUGAUGACGCAAAGCGGCAAGGUGAGCUCGCAGAGGGUGUCCGCCAAAUAAAGCUAAAACGACAACACUCUGCCGAACCGUUAUCCGCGGCAGGCGGCAACGCAGAUCCCGCCAGGACGUCAAAAUCAAGCACUCCCGGGUCAAGGCUCUCCCCGCCAGUAACAUCAACGCAGGACUCCACACCACCUCGUAGCAGCUUGCCAAAGGAGACAAGUAUGAGCCUCCUCGAUAACGAUACCUUCGUCGGCAGUCCACUCAAGAAGCAGAGGGCUAGCAUAUCGGCAGCCGACGAGGAUUUGCAUCGCCAGGGGACGGUGACGGGGCUAUCAUCUAAGAUUCACGAGAUUAUGGAUACGACACCCACUGCAUCUACCGGAGAUGGUGAAAGCAGCAUCAACAAUAACAGUGCUAUGGCCAAAGCCGAAAACAACGGCACUCGAGGGAGCCUAUUAUCGGAGGGUAUCAUGCAGUCUGAUAUAAAGGUGCCCGGGGUAGAUGAGGAGCUGUAG